AUGGGUACAGGUUUCAAACCUUCCGCAGCUUGGCCGUCGACGAAGAAACCAACAAGCAAGGAGCCCAAAGCGACACCGGGUGCGGGGAGCUCAACCAGAACAGCUCACCAUGAAACAGAGAAACCUCCACCAUACACACAGAACAACUAUAACGCCCCUUUGCCUGCAGUGCCAGAAGCUUCGGGAUCCCAGUCGCAAUAUCACCACAACCACCGCCAGCAGCUGCAGAUUCCGUCUACAUCGACAUCAGCGUUCUCUGGGAACACCGUAGUGAAUCCGGAGACGCCAGCUACAGUCAAUCAGAUACAUCUAGCGUCCAAGAAGGAGGACAUAAUCGGAACGUUCCAUAUCGACCCUCGAACCCCCGUUAGUAGCACCAAGAAGCGGAAGAAGAAUGGCAAGAGACCAGUUCUUCCUCAUGCUUCGUUCAAAACUAGUUCGGGGUCCAUACAGCUCUCGUUAGCGACUACGGGUAACAUCAAUGAAUCACCCAGAGCAAAUGUAUCUGUGGCCAGCGGGUCCGGGUGUAUUGAGUUGAAGUUGCUCCCUAUGGCCAACCCUGCCCGACCUCGUAUCGGGCUCGACGUCAUAUCUGCACAAGGGGAUAUCACAGUACAUCUUCCGGAAACCUUCUCUGGGCUGAUACAACUCAACACGAGAAAGGGAGAACUCCACGUUCUCCCAGCCCUGAUGAGGAAGGUCAAGGUGCUGAAAGCUACAGACAAGGAGACUAUGGUCCUGAUGGGAACCCAUGGGCCCCCAAUCGAAGGCGAACCACCCUUUCUUACGGACUUGUGCCAACUUAAUUCUCGUUCAGGAAAGGUUAUAGUGGGUUUAGCCGGCCAUGACAAGCAGCCAGAGAAAGCAGGCUUUUGGAAGAAGCUUGGGGAUUUUUUCCGAGGGUAA